GUUCACUCGCGCUUUGGUCACGUGGGCGCACGCCUCGUCCGGGCGCGCGGUUCGCCACGUUAACCACGUUAACCACGUUAACCACGUUCACGUCUUUUUAUGUUGCUGUUCUUGUAACAACCACUUUAAGCCAUCGUUUGCAUCGACACAUUUACCUCGUAAGAGCGGGGAAAUGCGGCGACGCCGCGGGGCAAAGCUUCCGCAACAAAUGAGCGCCGCAGGACAAGAGCGAGAAACUCAUACCAAAGCGGUGCCCUCCAUGAUGCCGGACAACGUGGACGAUGAGUCUGUGAUCAUAAUCGGCGAUGUUGAUGAUUUUAACCAAAGCAGCGACAACUUGUCCAUACCGUCAACUGAUGCAGACAAGAGCAUCAUUGUCACCUACAGCAAGAAGGCUGAAGUCUUGCCUCAUGCCCGCUGCGACUGCACAUCCAAUAUUUUUAGUCCUGCAGAAAAUGAACGUUCUUGUCCAUUGAACAUCAACAGUGCAUUCUGUGAACAGUGUUACUGCUACGUUUGUGAUGGCCUGGCUUCACAGUGCAAGUAUUGGACAACACUUGGAAUAUUCCACUGCAAUGCACACAACAAGAGCAGUUUCUGGAAGGAAGCACGGAAUCUGGCUUCUAAUGGCACCCUUGCAAUGUUCCACCUCAACGCCAAGCUGAUUGAUGCUGACAUAAGAGAUGCAGGAAAGCUACUGGAGACGUUCCUCAUGACCUUGAAGCCUUUGUAUUACCAGUACUUUAUCGGUACACAAGAGCCAGGAAAUGCAUGUCCCUGCACUUGCCACGCUUGCGAAGCCAGCAAUCUUCCCGUAUCAUCCUGCCAAUUCUGCAAUUUGCACCACUUCACUGUCAAGGAGCAUUUUUACCAGCCUGUGUUUUCUGCAGUGCAGUCCUUCCUCAACGUCUUGGGUUCUCUCGGCCCCAGCGGGCAGCUGGUGGCCAUGCUGGGGGUCGCAAAAGAGAUCAUGCUGCACGAGGAAAUGCCUACGACUUCCUCUGUUAUGGGGUCAAGAUGGACAAACCUGUUAAAACCAGCUGUCGUGCACUUGAUGGAACUGAUCCAGUCAAAGGCCCGCAUAAUACAGGUUGAGCAUAAGCUGCCACCUGCGUUACUUAAAGGGCUGAAGAGCUUCUUCUCUGGCCUGUUCUUCCCAAGCCACUGCAUUUGCUUUUUAAAGAGCAUGUUUAUCAUUGGCUGGGAUGAGCCCAUGCUCUCGUCUGUGAUGAGGGGACAGAACAUAUCUGGCAUAUUCCGCAUAAAAGGAAAGCGGAAACUCCUACAUGAAAACUUUGACGUGGUGAUGGCUCGCAAAAAUAAGCUGGUGCAGGAAGAAAAGUAUCAGGAACUAAUUAGAUACCUCAAGGUUGUGUCUACGGACAACAGAAAUGGAUUGCAGAAGCUAAGGUCUGAGAUCCCAGUGUACCUUUGCAAAAUGAACAAGUUGUUUGAUGCCUUGCGGUGGAUGGCAUCAUCCCCAAUGUGCACCAGCAGUCUUCCUCCCACUGUCAUCAAGACAAUGAUCGUUAAUGCCUCCGAACUCAUCCAUGACACAGCGGCUCCAGCAUCCCGGGAGAAGGCAUCUUUGUUUCUCAGUCUUGCACUGAGAAUAUUUUUUCUCAAUGAAGAUCUCAAAAAUGACAUUAACUCCCUGGUAAUGCUGGUCAAGUUGCUGUGUACCCCUCCAACCCCAGCGGGUACUAAAUGUGCACACAUUAAAGCCCUCGGAUGUCCACCACCAGAGCUGUUUGAGAAGUCCCAUGCUAUUGUUGAAGACCUGACUAAAGUAAAUGGACACAUCCCCAACAUCCCAUGUGACUUCUCAUCACUGGCUGGCUGCGUUGUCAUUGCUACAAACGUUAUUGUCCAGAACUUCUCCUUGCAACUGUUGAGGCCUGAAAACUUUUGGAACCUGUUGCUAUCCUAUGGGCCAAACAUGUGGGCAGUGGAGUUUCUGCUUUCCUCCGUCCACCUAAAUUGGACCUUUGUUGGUGAUUUGCAAAACUUAGCCUACCAUGAGGGGAUAGUCGAGAGGUUGGCUGUGCAACACCUUGAACAAAUGUGUGCUCUGGCUGACUUGUUCAGGAAGGUCGACCAUGCAGAGUUCAACUACCUUGGCAUUUACUUUUCAAGCCUAAUCUUCUUCUUCAUGAUGAGAAGGAACGUUUCCACCGAACCAGAGAAGAAAAUUGUAAAAAAUUGGAUGGCGUCCACGGUGAUUCCAACGCUGGUUCGUUUAAAUACGAAAGAGAGCAUUGAGCUGCAAAAAGCUGUUUGCCUAUUUUUUUUCAAUCAUCCCAGCUAAUGAACGCAUAAUGAAUGCUGUGCCAAUUGUCGCACUUCCAAACCACGUGAACAUUUGUGUUUUGUUCGAUUUUUGUAUUGCAACAAAUGGUUUGGUAAACAAACGUGGUGUCGUUCCACCAAAUGACGGGUGUGGUUGUAAUUUGUAGCGCGAGAUUUACUUUUAUACUGUUGACUUUUACAUGUUUGCCAUAAUUGUUACGUAACUUUCAGUGUAUCUGUGCUUUACAUGUUUCACAGAUGUUUGAUUUUUUUUUCCCGAAAUGUAACCGCAAUAUUGUUAAGUUAUUGGACUUUUGGAGUUUAUGCAAUGCUUAAAUAGAAUUAAGGUAAAUGUGACGUAACCAGCCACACUCUGCCAUAUUCUGUGCUAACUGGUGGCUUAUCUUUCUGAGGACGUGGCAAAUAAAAUAAAAAUUGAGGCUUCUAUUGAAGCGUAGCAACAAUUCUUGAUUUUAAAAAAGAAUAUAUAAUAAAGAGUGUAAAAAAAUUAUCGAAUAAACCUGAUUUCACUCUCUUC